AUGGGUUGCUCAGGGAACCAGGAUGACAAAGUCAUUGUGGAGGAUAUUAAUAGAGCGGCAAUUAGCAAGGAGCUAAUUGAAGAUGAGAAGAAAGGCAAUGUCAAAGGCAGCAAUGAAGAGAGUCAAGACAGCAACGAGGCAGCAUACAAUGAAGGCAAUGAGGAGAAUAAGGACAAAAGCAAGGCAGCAGCAACCAAGGAUACAGUGGAGGAAUAUCAGGAAGGCAAUGACAAAGGCAACGAAGUGGAUGAGGACAGCAACAAGCCAGCACCAACCAAGGAUAUAGGGGAGAGAUAUAAGGAAGGCAAUGAGGAGAAUGAGGACAACAACAGGGCAGCCACAACCAAGGAUAUAGGGGAGGAAUAUAAGGAAGGCAGUGAGAAGAUUGAGGAGGUAUUAAAAAACAGUGACACAGAGGAUGUUGAUUCAAACUUAGGCUCUCCAUUGAGUGAUGGCGAUGAACUCACAUCAGGUGAUGAAAGUUUCAUCACAUGCGAUGAAGGAGGAGUGCAUAGCGGUGAUGAAAGCCCAAGAGCAACAGGCAAUGAAAUCCCUCCAAGCAGUGGAAAAUGUGGAACAGCUAAUGAAAUGGCAGCAAAUUUUGGCGGGGCUAGACCCAAGGAGUUAAAGGGUAUUUUGGCAGUAAAGCUUAAGACCAAAAAAAAGAACAUACAAAGUGCCAUCCCGGAAAUCCACCCAGGGGUGCCGCCAAAGAAGAAAAACAUUAUCUUCGAUUUCAGUGAGGAGGACUCAGAGGAAGACUAUCAAACUGACGAAGUCCCCAAAAAGUUCCGCAUUGACUUCGAUCCUGUAAUGACGGUACGAUUCUGCUAUGACUCAAGAGACGAAGAGAGUGAGAAUGAGGAGCCAGAAGUUAUCUCCCCUGGGAGGGAGUUUAUAGAGGACAUCGAGUGCAGGCUUCAGGAGGACAUCACGUUCACUCCUCAAAGAGGGGACCAGUAUAGAUCUUCCUUUAGACACCAACAAAAUGUUGGAAGGAUUUCGGAAACCAUAGAGUGGAAUUUGAGUACAGAUGAUCUUAGAUAUGGUGUCCACAGGACCUAUUCUGAUCCACUCCCACAGGAGAGCUGCUGGACCAUAUUUAAGACAAACAUGAUGGAUUGCUUCUGCUGUUGCUGCACACCUUCUACCUGUCGCAGAGAGCAGGUUGAGGCUGAAAUAAGGGAGGCAACUCAGCAUGAAGAUGUGAGAGAAAAUGGAGGAAUUGAAUCUGCAGCAGAGCAAACAAUUGAGAAUAUUGCAUUAAAUGACAAUGCCCCUAAGGAAAAGACAAAACCAAAACGUUUUGGGAGGAUGAAGCGAAUCAGACGCUUUUUCAAACGCCUGUUUUGCUGCACUGGGUGUAGGGAGGAUUAAAAAGAAAAAUCAUAAAAACAAUGGGAUGGAACAGACCGGGUGCAUGUGUGAUAUAGAAUUAUCUGACAAUAAUUUUUUUAUUUUUUGUUGUGUCGAAGAAACCAAUGAAUAUCAACAGUGAUUCCUAUUAUUAUUGACAACAAAACUUCAACCAGCAAUGUAGAUCGAAUUCAGCCCAAAUGACAAGCUAGCCAACUCACUGUCACAUAACUUACAAGGAUGGAAAGUUUGCAACCAACAAGAACAACUUCAAAUGAUGAAAGACAUUUCACUCUGAGUCUAAAGAAGAUUAAUUCAAUAAUUCAAGGAUUGCAACACUGUUGUUCACUGAGAUAUCACACAUGCACCUGGUAAAAUUAUUUUUUAAAUUUCUGAAGCAUUUAAGGAUAAAGAAAAUUCACAGUUUGGAUGUCUUUGAUGAUACUCAAGAAUUUACAUCUAUUACAAUUUUGGACUUGAGUUCUCUAAAUGGAAAUACAUCCAGAAUUCCAUGAAUUUAUAUUUUUCCAACAGACACCCUUGGAUAUCAUUGUUCAGCGUUUGUUUUAAUUCAUGUGAGUUAUGUCCUCCCUAGCAUACUCAAGAUUAUUAUGACUAAAACAACCUUAUGUAGUUCUUGAGAGUCAAACAACAAAGGACAGUUGUUUAAAGUACUGCCCCUAAACAACCAACGAACGAUUGUAUUCAGUAUUGCCUCCAAACAACCAAGGAAGAGUUGUUUUUAGUAUUGCCUCCAAACAUUCCAGGAACAGUUGUAUCUAGUAUUGCCUCCAAACAACCCAGGAAGAGUUGUUUAUAGUAUUGCCUCCAAACAACCCAGGAAGAGUUGUUUUUAGUAUUGCCCCUAAACUACCCAGGAAGAGUUGCUUAUAGUAUUGCCUCCAAACAACCCAGAAAGAGUUGUUUUUAGUAUUGCCUUCAAACAGCCAAGAAAGAGUUGUUUUUAGUAUUGCCUCGAAAUGACCCAGGAAGAGUUGUUUACAGUAUUGCCUCAAAACAACUCAGGGAGAGUUGUUUUUAGUAUUGCCUCUAAAUGACUCAGGAAAUUUUGUUUUAAAUAUUGCUUCUAAACAACCAAAGAUUUGUUGUCUUUGAGGUUGUCUUCAAAACAACCCAGAAAUGGUUGCAUUUAGUAUUGCCUCCAAACAACCCAGAAAGAGUUGUUUUAGUAUUGCCUCAAAACAACCAUGAAGGAGUUCUUUAUAGUAUUGCCUCCAAAAACCCCAAAAAGAGUUGUUUUUAGUGUAGCCUCUGAACAACCUAAGAAGAGUUGUAUCUAGUAUUGCUUCCAAACAACCCAGGAAGAGUUGUUUAUAGUAUUGCCUCCAAACAACCCAGGAAGAGUUGUUUUUAGUGUUGCCUCCAAACAACCCAAAAAGAGUUGUUUUUAUAGUAUUUCCACCAAACAACCAAGGAAGAGUUGUUUUUAAUAUUGCCUCCAAACAAUCCAGGAGCGGUUGUACCUAGCAUUGCCUCCAAACAACCAAGGAGGAGUUAUUUAUAGUAUUGCUGUCAAACCACCACCGCCAAGACCUGAACUUUGUUAUAUAGUCUCUGUAUAUGGCUGUACUGAGGCCUUUCAAGGGGAUAAAAGGGGAAAUGUCCAAUUGGAAAAUGGCCCAACCCUUAUUUAUGAGAGACUCUAAAACAGAAAUGAUGCCAGUUUAUGAGUCCAAGAAGAGAUGAUGAGAGACACAUAUGUUGUUUUACAAAAUGAUGAACAGAGGUUACUGCAGGAAGCCAAACUUGGCAGCUAGCACUCACUCCAAGCAUGCAACAUGAACUGUAUGUCUAUCUUGUAUAUCUUGACUGUUUUAGAAGCUGCCACUGAUGAAUAGCCUACACAAUGACUGCAAUCCAAAUGGGAGGAUCCAUUUAUCAAGUAAGAUAACACAUCCAAAAAGAGUUGUAGCAAAUUUCUUGAAAUUUUCUGUACGAAUUUGCAUAUAUGUUAAAUGCUUAUCAUUGGCUCUUUACCAUUGACAGUGUAGGUAAAAUUAAUGGCACCUUCACCAU